AUGAUACGUAGCCAGGACGGCGAAAAUUCUCUUAAGCAAGAAUCAAAGCAGUUGGUGACUCUCGAUCAAACAGUUCUAGUUUUUGAUAUUGAACAACCAAAAUAUGCACAGCAAAAAAUAACUGUUAGCAGAAUACAGGGCGUAGGGCCUAUUUAUUGGAGAUUUCAGACAAAUGCUCCGACGUGUUAUAUAGUUAAUCCGAACGAAGGACUAAUGCGGGAUGAUACUCCUAUUCAAGUCGUUAUAACCCUUUAUAAAAAUAAGUUUCGCCCUCAACAUGAGCUCAUACUCCAAGCGGUGCAGAUCCCUUUAGGCGCAUUUAAGAAAAAGGAAUUAUGGGAUGAUAUGGAUAGCGUUCAGGUUUUAAAUCUGGAACUUGGCACUACUGUGAUGAAUAUUGAAAAGGCUUAUGAAGUGCAAAAGCUGGGUGCUGAAUCGAUCGACUUGAACAAUUUUCUUGAUUCUAGUCGGACUAAAGGAAAAGAAAGGGUUGACGAAUUGUUAGAUUACAUAAAAAUGACAAUGCACGAUAUUGAAAUAAUAAAUAACAAUGUUGAACAAUCUAAGAAAUUGAAAAAUGUGCUCACUGAACAAAUUGAGGAAAAGAAGAAACUAGUCAUUGAAAUGAGAAACAAGGCAACUUCUUUAGAAGAAAACUACAUGAGGAAAUGUGCAGAGAUGGCGGAAGAGAGCACGCCAAAUUCAGAAAAUACGGUUGAAAAGAAAGAAGCCAACACCGAGCAAACUUCUGGACAAUCGACGAAAGCUGAUGAAAAUGACGCUGAAAAAUGCAACAAUACCCAAUCUGAAAGCAACGGGAAUGAAGAAGAAGAAGAAGAAGAGCCAGUUCCAGCCAAAAAAAGGGAAGCGGUUGACAAUAGCGAAGCCAGCGGAACGGAGAAAAAUGAAGCGAAAACCCAAGAAAGUGGUGAGAAAGCUGAAGAAACGAGCGAUCUCGAUGACGAUCAACAAGUCGAAAAUCCAGCUUAUAUUCCGAAAACUGGAAAAUUCUAUAUGCAUGAUGACGAUCGACGAGGAGAAGAAGACAAAAACAAUACAGACACAGACGAAUUGAAAGAAGGAAAAAAGAAAAGUCGAGCUGAUGGCAUGUGGAAGCACGAUCGUUUCGACGAGAAGAAUCAACGACCGAAAACGAAAAAGCAAAUUGUCACCAAAUAUGGCUUCGAUAUUCGUACCGAUGCUGGUGAAGAUGGUGACACAUCGGAAAGAAAAGAAACAGCGGCUGAGUCGAAUGGCGACGAUUCGGAUGUUCGACGGGAAGUACGGAAAACGAGAGGAGCGCGUGGACGUGGAGGACGGCGUGGUGGAAAUCAUGCGAACCGGGGUCCGAGACGACCGCUGAAGCAAAGAGAACGAGAGGAUACGGUAGAUGAAUCAGAGGAGAAAGUGGAAGAGAGACCAGCUCAAAAGAGACAAGAACGUCCUGAAAAGCAAGCACCGAAGCCAUCAAAACCGAAAGAAAACGUUGUAAGUCGUAGCAGCGAUGAGUGUGAAGACGAAGAAGAUGAUGAUCAGCUUCGUCGCGGACAACGGCGUUCUGCCCCACGGGGAGUUCGACGCGGAUUUGGCAGUGGGUCUCGUCUUCGCGGGCGAAUCACAACCGCACCGCGGCGAUCGGAUUCUGGUCAUUACCGCGAACGCGAAAAUUCUCAGCGAGCACCACCAUCGGUGCGAUCACGCGGAGCAAAUCGUGGAUUCUCGCGUGGGUUUGAUCGUGGUCCGACUCGAGGAAACGAGCGCAGAUUCUCUGAUCGUGGACCGCCAUCGAGACGCGAUUAUAGCUCGCGAAGGAACGAGGAUAGCGCAAGGAAUGACGAUCGAUUCCAGAAUCACCGAAGAGGGGUGAUUCGUGGCGCUGGAGUAGCCUCGAGAGGAUCGAAUCGACCAAUGAACACUCGUAGUGGACCACCGGCCUCUCGUGGAGCUCCGCCAAUGAAUCGGGGUGGAGGCCAACGGUAUGGAGGACCUACGAGAAGAGAGGACACCUCGGAGCAUAGUGACAACUUCCAGAAAAACAGUGAUUACAAUUCUGGACCACGGGCUCAGCCGCCACCGCCACCUCCACCACAAACCUCAACUGCUCGGGGCCCUACAUUUGUACGCGGUGGAAUACCUAAUCCGCCUCCACCAACGUACGCCAAUGGAAGAGGGGGCUACUCGAAUGGCGGACCAACACCUUACCAUGCUCAUGGUCCAACAGUCGCAUAUCCGCCAAAGAGGUUUGUUGAAGCGCCCGCUCAUGUUGACUAUGGUGUCUCCUGCAGUUACCCGAUGCCCGUUCAACAAAUGGCUCCGAUUCCGGCGAUUGUGCCGGUUGGCGUUGUUCCAACCAACGUACCGCCACCUCAAAUGACACGCGGUGCAUCAUAUCAACGAAUUCGCCAACCCACUGACGUUGUCUAUUAUGAUCCUGUUCAACAGCAGCUCAAUCGAAUGCCUCCGCCUUCCCGCGCCAAAAAAGUAAUCCCAAUAGUUGAUCCGAACACAUCUAAAUAG